GGAGAGGAAAAGUCUCCUGACUAGAGCUUGGUACGUUUGUCGGUGGUGACUGAUUUAGUUGAAUGGGGCGUCUUGGUACGAAUGGUGGGAAGAAAGAAUAUUUACAAGCAUGAUGCUGAUAUUCUGCGUUGUAGUAAUGGCAUCUCUCAGCUACGCGUCGUCGGGGGCCAUCAGAGACGCGAACAUUUUCGUGGACACCAUUUUCCAGGAAAAGAUGCCACUCCUCGUGAAGGAAUCGCCAAGGCUUUUCCCCUACGCCACCAUCGAAGACUUCAGUUUCAAGGUGUCGAAGAAUGGCAGGACCAACCGUGACCUGGAGGUGAACAUGACACGUGGCGAGAUCCAUGGCCUCGAUCAUGCCGUGCAGCGGCAGGGUGAUUGCCGUGCGCCUGACUAUUACAGCGAAAAUGUCACCAUCUUCUGCUCCCUCACCCUGCAGGGACUCAACGUCACCUUCACUGCGUUGGCUCAAGGAGACACCCUGUCCGCCAUUCGGAAGACCAUCUGGGUGAAUGUAGCUGUAAGAAGGACGGCGGCUUUCUUCGAAGCCAGCCCUUAUACCGGUCGGGACGCGACUCUCUUCACGUUCCACAUCGGGAGCUUCCAGCUCAGCGUUGCGUACGGACACUCGCUGAUUCUGAACGAGGGCCGCAGCCAGAAAUUCAAAGAGGAGAUAUCUGCCAGAGUCAAGAAGGAGCUAAUGAGCAUCUUUACCUUGGAGUACAAGGACCUACUCAGUCCGUGCUGUAGAAUCGGUCAGGUUCCCCAGGGCCUCAUGGUCACGUUCCCCAAGGCUUUGAGUAAGACACGCGAGAUGGUUAGAAAUAAAGAACUGGCUUAGACUUAGUCAUGACAGGAAAGGAGCGGUGCCGCUGUCCAGCGUAAUCAUGCGUUCUUGGUGAUGUAUCUGAAACUUCCGGCUUUUUUUAUCGUGACACUAGUUCUAUCUUUUUUACUACUGUCCAGUUAAUCAUAGAGGGCAAGCCCAAUACAUGGUUUGUGCGAGGGAACCACCUACAGCAUUACAAGUGCAAGCCCACUGUCUGUGUGUGU